AUGGCUGGCAAUGCAACGGCUAGUAGCUUGAAUUGCCAUGUGAAGCAAGGGCCUCUCUUAGAGCCCCUUGCGAUUAUCGGGAUAGGAGGAACACUAGCCGUUGGUCUCAUCUUUACCUUGAUUAUGUCCUUUCUUUGGUGGAAGAUGAAGAACCAACCAGAACCGGAAGAACACAAUGCGGAGCUUCCUCAUGAUCAUCAGCCGCAUGCUCCUAUGCCGGAACUACCACAAAGAGAAUUCCAUGCCGGUGAAGCCGCCACGGACUGCCCUGUCUGCCUUGAGGAGUUUGUUGAGGGUGAGAGCCUUGUUGAGCUUCCUACAUGUCUUCAUGCUUUCCAUCCUGCAUGUAUUGAGACAUGGUUGACUCGGAACCAUGCUUCUUGUCCUGUUUGUAGACUCCACAUAGAGCUUCAAGUUGACAAUGUUGUCUAA